CGCUUCUCUGACGCACUAUCGGAGAUGAGCAUCCCAGUCCCGCAGGCUGUCAGGACAGACUCUCCCGACCUCCCUUUUUUUGGGAAUUGUGCAAUCAACCUUUUGACUUCAGCUCUGUUCGUCCGUUUUUGUCGCAUUACUGUCUUACCUCGAAUUAUUUUACAGUUUUUCCACACUGAAUCUGCGUUUGGCAGUGAUGCACACAUUUGCCUGGGAAUUUACUCCGGAGGAAAGAACUGUCUGCAAGAGUAAUUAAUUUCCAUUUACAUCCAUAGGGUUGUUUUUCUCCGUGUUUCGCGGGAUUUGUUUAGAACAUCUUGUGAUAAGUGCUUCAGAUUCAAGGUGAGGAGCUGUGUUAAAUUACAGGAAAUCGUUUAGAUGACGGACACGGAGAGGCUGUAAAUCUCCUUCUGCAACGCCACUCAGCCCUUGGAAUAUUCUUACGGAGGUGUUGGUACGAAACAGAAGUGUUGUCUCAGUUUGCUUAUACUGCAGGGUCACUGCUGCGCCUGUUCUGCUUUCAAUUCAAAAUUUUCAUUCAGAGGUGGGCAUCUGAGCAUCCCGAAUUUGCGAUGCCCGGGCAGUGAAGUCCACGGUGGGAUUUUAUUCUGGUCACCCCGCACGGCAGCAUGGCUCCAGCCCGGAGGGACUGCAGCGGCUGGGAGGUGUUCCUCCCAGCGGGAUGCCUGCUCCUAUCCGUUUUGCUAUUUCACCCCGGUGUGGCAAAGGUGUGCAACGACCGCACCAAACACGGACAGGACAACAGCUGGUUCACCAGGGACGGAGAAAACUUGCCUAUAAUGGUGCUGAUGCCAAUGAACGAGUCGGCCCUGAUGAGCAGCAUCAGCCAGGGGAUCGAACCAGCGGUUCAGCUGGCCAUCCAGCACAUACGGGAGUCCAGGAAGUACCCGUUUUCACUCAUCACCAAAAUCUAUGACACUGAGUGUGACAAUGCCAAAGGGCUGAGGGCCUUCUUUGAUGCCAUAUGCUAUGGUCCCAAACACCUGAUGAUCUUCGGAGGUGUUUGCCCUUCUGUGACUUCCAUCAUUGCAGAGUCCUUGGAGGGCUGGAAUCUGGUUCAGCUGUCAUUUGCAGCAACAACCCCGGUUCUGGCAGACAAGAAAAAGUACCCCAACUUCUUCCGUACCGUCCCAUCCGACAAUGCUGUGAACCCAGCAGUGGUCAAGUUUCUCAACUACUAUAACUGGAGCCGUGUGGGGACCCUCACACAGGACGUUCAAAGGUUCUCAGAGGUGAGGAAUGAUCUGACCAAUGAGCUGGAGAAGGCAGACAUUCAGAUUGCAGAUACAGAAAGUUUCUCCAAUGAUCCCUGUGUCAAUGUCAAAAAACUAAAGGACAACGACGUGAGAAUCAUCAUUGGGCAGUUUGAUGAGCAUUUGGCCUCUAAAGUCUUCUGUUGUGCAUACAACUUGAACAUGUAUGGCAGCAAAUACCAGUGGAUCAUCCCAGGGUGGUACCGGCGACACUGGUGGGAGCAGGCAAACGGCACUAACUGCACUUCCAAGAAACUCCUAACAGCCAUGGAGGGAUACAUCAGUGUGGACUUUGAGCCACUCAGUUCUCGGCCAGUGAAGGGCAUCUCUGGCAGGACCCCAAAGGAAUAUGAGAAGGAGUAUUACAGAGAGCUUCAGCAAAAAGGAGUGGAGGCAAGCAAGUUUCACGGCUUUGCCUAUGAUGGGAUCUGGGUAAUCGCAAAGACCUUGACCCGAGUGAUGGAACUGCUCCGGAUAAAACAAAGACAAAAUAUGUAUCACAACUUCACUGUGGAUGAUCGGGAAGUGGGGAAAAUGGUGCUAGAUGUCAUGAAUGAAACUAACUUCUAUGGAGUUACAGGUCAAGUCAUGUUUCGUAAUGGAGAAAGGAUGGGCACAAUAAAAUUCAACCAGUUUCAAGAUGGUCAGGAAGUAAAAGUGGGAGAGUACAAUGCCAUCGCUGAUAUCCUGGACCUCCAGAACAACUCCAUCAGGUUCCAAGGUGUGGAGCCUCCCAAAGAUCGCACAUUUGUUCGUCUACAACGGCGCCACAUUAAUGUGCCACUGUACAGCAUCCUGUCUACCAUAACCAUCCUGGGCAUGCUCAUGGCCGGAGCUUUCCUGUUUUUCAACAUCAAGAACCGAAAUCACAGACUAAUCAAGAUGUCCAGUCCGUACAUGAACAACCUGAUCAUCUUAGGAGGCAUGCUGUCCUAUGCUUCAAUUUUCCUAUUUGGUCUGGAUGGAGGUUUUGUUUCUGACAAAGAGUUUGAGACGCUGUGCACCGUUCGGACAUGGAUCCUUAUUGUUGGAUACACAACAGCUUUUGGUGCCAUGUUUGCCAAGACGUGGAGAGUACAUGCCAUCUUCAAAAAUGUGAAGAUGAAGAAAAAGAUCAUAAAGGACCAGAAACUGUUGAUUAUUGUCGGUGGGAUGCUGCUUAUCGACUUAUGCAUUCUUAUUUGCUGGCAGAUCGUGGACCCUCUCAGGAGAACCGUGGAGGAAUACAGCUUAGAGGCGGACCCACAAGGCCGGGACAUUGCCAUCCGUCCCUUCUUGGAGCACUGUGAGAACACCCACAUGACCAUUUGGCUUGGCAUCGUUUAUGCCUACAAGGGACUGCUAAUGCUGUUUGGCUGCUUUCUGGCAUGGGAGACCAGGAACGUGAGCAUCCCUGCCCUCAACGACAGCAAGUACAUCGGAAUGAGCGUGUACAACGUUGGCAUCAUGUGCAUCAUCGGUGCUGCUGUGUCUUUUCUGACCAGGGAUCAGCCCAAUGUCCAGUUUUGCAUUGUUGCCCUCGUCAUCAUCUUUUGUAGCACCAUCACCCUCUGUCUGGUCUUCGUUCCUAAGUUGAUCACCAUGAGAACAAACCCAGAUGCAGCCACACAGAACCGGCGGUUAAAGUUCACCCAGAAUCAGAAAAAGGAAGACUCCAAGACCUCCACAUCGGUCACCAGCGUGAACCAGACCAACACUUCUCGACUGGAUGGUCUCCAAACUGAUAACCACCGCCUUCGCAUGAGGAUAACUGAGUUGGACAAGGAGCUGGAGGAAGUGACCAUGCAGCUGCAGGACACCCCAGAGAAAACUCCCUACAUUAAACAAAACCAUUACCCAGAUGCCAAUAACAUCCUCAGCAUACGCAACUUUACAGAUGGCAAAGAUGGAGAGAAGUCGAUACUGAAAAACCACCUGGAGCAGAAACCGCAGGCGCAGUGGGGCUCCAUGGAUCCUUCCAGAAUAAGCAGAGGUCCCUUGGAGGAUAUCAACUCACCUGAACAUAUACAGCGUCGACUGUCUUUGCAGCUGCCUAUCCUGCACCAUGCAUACUUACCUUCCAUAGGAGGGGUUGACGCCAGUUGCACCAGCCCUAAUGGAAGCCCAGGCUCCAGUCCGAGGCACAGACACAUGCCCCCUUCCUACAGGGUAAUGGUCUCUGGCCUGUGAGUCUCAUUCACUCCCCCAACUCGCUCCUUGCUGAGGAGGAUCUUUUUUUCUACAACAAAUAGACUGAUAUCGUCAGCAUAUGUGCGUAUUCCGUCUUGGACUGAAAAGAAGAUGGGGUUGAACAAAGAGAGGGGGGAGGGAUAAAGUUUCACUCGUCAUACCUCUGCACUCGGGUCUCUUGAGGUCUGAUACUGUCAGUCAAAACUGGGUGGGAGAGAAUUGUUGAUGCUUACCUACUUCUGUGAUUAACAUCCCCUCGGCCAUCGUCCUCCCUGCUGAGGCCUGCUUACACAUAUGCACAGUCAGACACAGAUAUUUCCAACAGAUACACACCUAUGUUCAAGCACAGUGACACCCUAACAGCAGCGGUGGACCAGCCCUAAUCUGACGUGUAGCCUUAUCUGCUUCAAAAGGGAUUGUUUCUGUUUCCUAUCUGUUUUAUGUACUGUAUGUGCUUGCAGCUACAUGUGAGCCAUCUAACUUAAACAUUUCGCUGCUUCGGUGAUUGGAUUUGAGUUUGGGAGCAACGAGAGGAAUUUUCAAGAUCCAGCUAAAGAAAGCAUCCCCAUCCACUUCUCAACUUUGUGCAGAAAUGUAAAUAUCAUCGCUUUUGACACUGAUGUACUGUAAGCUUUGUAUAUGCUGUGAAUGGACAAAUUAAUAGGACUUAAGUGUGGCGCUUGUAACAAAGGCAGGUGAAAGCUUAUAAAAUAUAACAUCUUACAAAUCAGAUGUAUGAAGGAGGCAUACAUUUGUAAGCGUAGCUGUUAAUAUAUUAGCUUACAAACAGCAUAGAUGAAUCAAAAUUUGUCCAGAUCCCAAGCCUCUAACUUGGAGUGAGAUGCACGUUGCUCUUUUUUGUUCCACUUUGCUAUUUUUUCUAGACUCGUUUAUGUCAGAGACCUCCUGUCUGGCUCUGUAAAGGCCUUCAUACUUUACAAUUAAAACAGUCAUCUUCAGAUAGCAUGUUUUCUAGAAAUAAUAAUGCUAUGCCUUUUUCACAGGUCUCAAAGAAAAUAGAGCAAAAAGAGACCAGAAGAGUGUUUCACAGCUUUCUUUUAUGUUAACAUGCCAAGAAACCCAAAUACACAGAUGUACACGUGAAACCCAAGAGAACACCCAGUAAAUUCAGGUGCUGCUGGCGCUAGUUAUGGGUGAGGGCACAGUGAAGCUUGCAGACCAGUCUUCAUAGACUGUGAAGAUGUCUAUCUGAAUUUGUUCUCACGUCUUACCAGCACUGUUUAGAGCAACGGGGUGCAACAAUGGCACAAAGUUACAAGACUUGAGAUGAAACUUUGUCAGGAAAGAUGAAACGAAAAUUAGUGAUGAUGGAAAAAAUGUAGGUCUACCAGUUCCACAGCUUGAUUGGACUAGAUGGUUAACCUGAAUUUCCAUGCACAGCAGCACAGACAGUUGACAUGUUGAAGUCUCACAUAAUAAGCCCCAAACUGUCUGCAGCUUGGUUUCAAAGACGACAAAGCCACCACUGCUGGUCACAGUGAUUUAGCAAAGACACAGGGCUUUCUCUCAUAGAUAAUACUGAGUAUGACUAAAGACCAAUCCACACUUAGCAACAGUGAACAUACCUCAGUUGCUAAAGAAAUGUAAUUCAGUGCUGCUGAGCUUUACCCAAGACAGUCAUCAAGAGCAUUGCUAUUAUAUGUUAAAUAUUUCCUAAUGCAGGAGAAAAAGCAAAUGGGGGACUCUGCAGGAAAAGGACUUUUUUACUCAGAGCGAAAAGGUUCGUUCUCAGCAUAUUGUUUCACCAUUGGUGUCUUGGUUUUUAUUUUUUUAAGGCGUUCUUGAGCGCCGUGCCUGUUGUCUUAUAUUGUAGCCUGCAAGACCCACACUACAUACAAAGGGUCGAAACUGCGCUUACCCAGCAAAGUACAUUGGCCACACAUCUGUAAAAUCGAACAAUGUGUCAUACACCAAUCAAGUCCAUGUGUCCGUGAACAGGGACAGCUUUGGGAGUACAUGGCGAAAGCUCCACUUCAGCCGGAGGAUAUUUCUCCAUAAACACAUACAGACACUCCUCAGAGAAGUCGGAGGAUUCAGAGCUGAAGCGGGGAGAUAAGGGCCUGCUGUCAGACAUAUUGGGGUUUGAGCUCCUCCCAUUUCCAGGCCUCUGCCAUGAUGCACAGGAGCAGGGGAAAAAACCCAAGCACAGACCUCAAAAAGAAGUCAUGACUUCUCCUGCACCUUUGCCAACCAGAAAAUCAGUCACAGAACAUGUGAGUGGGAGACAUUACCAGAGGGUUGGAUCUUCCUUUAGGAGAAGCAAAAAACCAACCGCACAUUUUAUAUAUUACAUUAUACGUGAUUGUGUACAACUUUGCUGAUACCCUGAUGAUGGUGUCCAUUUAUGGAGUAUUUGGUAUUUGGCUUUCUCAAGAUGGCAUGAAAUAAAAUGUAUAAUUCACAGAGUUAACUCUGUUUUUUGCAACUGUUGUGACAAAGCUACUCUGUUGUUCCAUCAUAUCACUUGUAAUUUGGUUUUAUUUUGAAAGUGUCCACACACCUGUUCAAAUGUCAGGUCUUUAUGAUGUAAAACUCACACCAUGAGACACUUUUCCCACCUUUAAUGUGACAUAUAACAUGUACCAUUCAACCCAAAAAACCCAUCUGUUAGGGGGGAACGGGUGCAAUAACCCAUUUAGAUUUAAUUUCAGCAUGCAGCCUUAUGAAGGAGUUCAUGAAAAUGCCUCAUCUUGAUUUAACCAUAUUUACCCACUCUACCUUGUAGGUAAAGGUUUCCCAAAUCUACCUUUUUUUUAAGUCUUUCUUUUGCUGACUUAAAUGUGUGCUUGGAUUCACUGUGAUGCUGUAAAAUAAAAUCCCUCUUCAUUGUCGGCUUUCCAGCAGACAUCUGAAAGUGUCUGGUCAGAAUGGACUUGCAUUUGACAAAUAACCCUGCUUAGUUUGGAGACAAGUAACCCUGAAGCAUGAUGCAGUCACCACCGUGUUUCACUGUGGGUAUGGUGUUCGUUUGGCGCCCAACUACCGUUAAGUCCCAGUUCAGGUUUAUUUGAUCGUAACACAUUCUCCCACCAGGUUUUAGGAGAUUUUACCCACACCUGGAUCUUAUUGUUAGGAGAAAAGACUUCUGACUUGUAACCGUAGUCCAGACAUUUGGGGAAUACAAGAGAUUGAUGUCACAUGUAGAAUACAACCAAAAACUUGUCCAGCUCCUCCACUGCUGUCCCUUUAGAACCGGCUGUUAUAUCUUUUACCCUUUGCCCAGAAACAUCCUUGUAUACACUUAUAUUGUACAAAGGAAAUGUGGCAUUAAAUGUGGGAAACAUUUUUAAAAGAAUAUCAUAAUAUCAUCUUUUAUGUUCCCAGAAUCUGACAUUUUAACAGGGCUCUGCACACUUUUUAAAUCCACCAUAGUUCCUCACAAGAUUUAGUUUAGGUUCCUUUAACCUCUUGAUUCGUUCACACAUGUCAAUGCCAAGAUGCUCAGUGGACCUAAAUAUCAUCUCAUCUAACAUGCUACUGAUUUAGCACCUGUUCGCUGAGGGCAAUAAAAUGAAGGUAGCAGCUAUCGAACAAACUUAUUAAACCACUUGUGUGAUUAAAACAAAUAGCCAAUCAUUUAACCGGUCACUCCAAAAUUAUCAAAUGCAGAUCAUCAGGUGUUUUUGUGCCCUAUUUGUAUUCUGACAUGAUUCAUUUCAGUUGUUCUCAUAAAUGAAUAAAUUUUAAAAAUGCAAUUGUGGUGGGUCAAGGGCUCAUAAUAACCUGUAAUAAAUAGCAUCAUGCUGAUGGUUUGUAUUUGCCACAGGUCUUUUUACCUUUUCAGUUUGGAAAUCAAAGUGAUGUUUAUGCGGAUAUCUCUGUAUGUUUCAUCACCAGGUUCUCUGGAGAACAACACAAACCCAGAUGUUACACUAACAAUAUAUUAAGUGGAGACAGACAAAGGUCCAUGCUGUUACUGUUUUGUCAGUUUGAUAUGUGGUAUGACAUGGCAUUACGUUCAGAUAAAACUUUAAAACGGUGAACAAAAACCUAUGUUAAAUGCAACAUGUUCAAGAGGGGCAAUAACUUGUUUUCUUAUUACAGAAAGAAUAGAGAACUAUAUAUAUAAAUAUAUAUGUAUAUGUAAAGAUCUUUAUGUGCAUUCUCAUUUUUACAUAGUAAAACAUUUCACAAAUCUGAAGUCUUCUUAUUAUUUACAGUAUCUGUAACUAUGUUAUGUACAGAUGAGGUCUAGAUAUGAAAAACUUGUAUAAAAUGAGUAUCACACUUGGAACACCUUACCAUUUUUUGAGCCAUCGGUUGUUAUUGGGGGGGUUGGGGAUAUCUGAAAAACAUUCUUCUUUUGUUGUCUGAAUGUUAUGGACAGCCUUUACUUUUCACAUCAUCGUUAAAUAAAGUGUGACUGAAAAUAA